UUCUGAUCAUGCUAGUGGAGUCCUUCGGUGCACUGCUUAUGUUUGGAAAAUAUUUGGUGGGAAAGUUGCUGGCAUUCGGGUGUUGCAAGAAAUCAGUCACUCGUUGGUGAACUCCCUUUAUUUUGAGCCGGAUUUAUCUCAGAAAGAAUCAUUGCUGGAAAAACAAUUUCUGUGCCUGCUUUUGCAGAGAAGAUAUUCGGGACAUCGCCAGAGAAUGAAAGCCAUCACUUUAUUCCAGAACGAAAGGUACAAGGCGGUGGAAUAAAGUGUUGAAGGCUGAGUUCGAGGCGCGGGCAAAAUCCCACUGGGCCCCGCCCAUUAGCACCGGAUCAAAGGUCGUCAGACUCUAGCGCAACGGUCAUAUCCCGGUUCGUAAACUGACACUGCGGACCCCACAAAUAAAUAAAUUAUAAAUUAUUAUUAUUAUUAUUAUAUACCCUCACGGCGGGGCUGUACAUGUGUAACCGCCAACGAGAGCGCAAUUAAUUAGUUGCGUACUCGGAAACGCCCGAGUUCUUCCUUCAAGAUUCAAGAGAACCUGAAAAGGUCCAAGAUCCUUCUCCGGCGAGAAAAGAACCGAGUUCCUCCCUUGUUCCUCGUCCUUCCUCUUCCCUCCUCAUCCUCCUCGUCCCUCCUUUAUAUCCCCUCAGCCAACAAUCAACAAUGGCACUUCCUCUUCUUCAUCUCCCACCUCUUGAGAGCUCAUGGCGUUGUCCAACGUCGUCCUCCUCCAUGGCGACCUGGAACUCCACAUCAUCCAGGCCCGCAACCUCCCCAACAUGGAUCUCUUCUCCGAGGCCCUCCGCCGCUGCUUCGGCUUCUGUGGCCUCCCGCUCCCCUGUCGCUCCCCUCCGUCCUCCCCCCGCUCGGUCGGCGACACCCCCGUCAUCACCAGCGACCCCUACGUCGCUGUCCUCGUUGCUGGCUCCACCGUCGCCCGCACCAACGUCAUCCCCAACGUCCAAAACCCCAGGUGGCACGCCCGGUUCAAGAUCCCCCUCGCCCACUACGCCGAUACGAUCGAGUUCCACGUCAAGGACGACGACGUCGUCGGGGCGCAACUCAUUGGGACCGCCACCAUCCCCGCCUCCAGGGUUGCUUCGGGCGAACCCUUCAGCGAUUGGGUGCCCGUGAUCCCACCCCCUGGCCGUUCGCGCCCCCCGCCCGGUCCUGAUCUUCUUGUCGAGUUGCAAUUCGUGCCGGUCAGGGAAAACGCUCUCUACCACCAGGGAAUUCCGGGAGACCCCGAGAAGUUGGGCGUGCGGGAUACAUACUUUCCCCUGAGGAAGGGCGGGAUGGUGACGCUCUACCAAGAUGCGCACGUUCGGGACGGGGAGCUCCCGGUGAUCAAAUUGGAUGAUCAGAGGGUGUUCAAGCACGAGAAAUGUUGGGAGGAUAUAUGUCGCGCUAUACUAGAAGCACGCCAUCUGAUUUAUAUCGUGGGAUGGUCGAUCUACCAUAAGGUCAGGCUGGUGAGAGAGUCGGCGAGCACGCUGCCGAAUGGUGGGAAUCUCACACUGGGGGAGCUCCUCAAGUUCAAGUCGGAUCAGGGAAUUCCGGUGCGCAUGCUGGUUUGGGAUGAUAAGACUUCCCGCGACAUUAAUGUUUUCAGGAAGGAAGGGGUGAUGCAAACUCAUGACGAGGAGACCAAAAAGUAUUUCAAGCAUUCAUCUGUCAUUUGUGUGCUAUCACCUCGUUCUGCAAGCAGCAAGCUAAGCAUAAUUAAGCAAAAGAUUGUUGGGACGGUUUACACUCAUCAUCAGAAAUGUGUAAUAGUUGACACACAGCUUGACACACAGCUUUCUCAAAGUACCAGAAAGAUUACUGCUUUCAUUGGAGGGCUUGAUCUUUGUGAUGGCCGAUAUGAUACACCAAAACACAGGCUCUUUCAAAAUCUUGACUUUGUAUUUUCCAAUGAUAUUCACAAUCCCACAUUUGACGUGCAAACUAAAGGUCCAAGGCAACCAUGGCAUGAUUUACACUGCAAAAUUGAAGGGCCUGCCGCCUACGACGUCCUAACGAAUUUUGAGCAACGCUGGCAAAAUUCUACAAAGUUUUGGUCAAUUGAGCAGCAAUUUAAAAAAUUAACUCUAUUUCAUGAUGAUGCCUUGAUAAAGAUUGAUCAAGUCUCAUCUAUAGUUAGUCCUUCAAAAGCCAAACCAUAUGGUGAUCCGACUGUGCAGGGCUCUAAAGAGGAAGAUUCUGAAAACUGGCAUGUUCAGGUUUUCCGCUCUAUUGAUUCUGGAUCGGUAAAAGGAUUUCCCACAGAUUUUCAUGAAGCUAAGGCGAAGAAUCUUGCAUGUGGAAAAAAUGUGGUGAUUGAUAAGAGCAUCCACUCCGCAUAUGUCAGAGCCAUAAGAUCAGCACAACGCUUCAUAUACAUUGAAAACCAAUAUUUCAUUGGUUCUUCUUAUGGUUGGCCAAAUUAUGCAAAUCCUGAUGGCGCUGGGAAUCUGAUCCCAAUGGAACUUGCAUUAAAGAUUGCUCAGAAAAUCGAAGAACGAGAACGUUUUGCUGUGUAUAUAGUUAUACCAAUGUGGCCUGAGGGUGCCCCUAGUUCUUCUCCUGUGCAGGAGAUUCUUUUUUGGCAGGCAGAAACAAUAAAGAUGAUGUAUGGAAUCAUCGCGAAGAAGCUCAAAUUGAUGAACCUUGGGAAGGCACAUCCUAAAGAUUAUCUCAACUUCUAUUGCCUUGGCAAUCGUGAAUUACAAAAUGGAACCUCAGAUUUAACAAAUGAACCUUCUGAAGAUAAUGCUAUGGCCUUGGCCCGGAAGCAUCGGCGCUUUAUGAUAUAUGUUCACGCAAAAGGUAUGAUAAUAGAUGAUGAGUAUGUGAUUUUGGGGUCAGCCAACAUUAACCAGAGAUCUCUAGAUGGCUCGAGAGAUACCGAAAUAGCUAUGGGUGCAUACCAACCACAUCACACAUGGGCUUCAAAUAGAGGCCAUCCGCAUGGCCAGAUUUAUGGUUACAGGAAGUCACUAUGGGCCGAGCAUCUUGGCGAGGUAGAUAAUCCACUCUUUGAGGAGCCUCACAGUCUGGAAUGUGUGGAAUAUGUGAAUUCGAAAGCUAAUAACAAUUGGACAAGAUACAUUGGUGAUGAAUUAGUUCUAUUAGAAGGCCACCUUCUGAGAUACCCUAUUAAUGUCGAGGCUGAUGGUUCGGUUGGGCCACUACGUGGCCAUGAACGCUUUCCUGAUGUUGGUGGUAAGGUUUUAGGAGAGCAAACCUCACUUCCCGACAUCUUGACCAUGUAGAAUGACUUAUUUAGAAGCCUAAUUGAGAUGCUCCACUCAACUGGGGAGAGAUACUGUUUCAUGACUAUGAUUUCUCUGUAUUCGUUCCUUGUGUUCUUUCUUUUUCGUUUGUGUGGUCUGUGUGGGUUUGGCUUGUUUAAAUUGGAGUUGGAACUCCUCGGUGCAAAUUGUUGAAAUCAAUCAACUUUUUCAGGAUGAUGAUAGUAAAUUCCAGAUCAAA